AUGUCCGAGAAUGAUGAAUCGCAAAGGCUUAGGGGGGCUACCGUACAACGUACGACCCUCGAAGAAUACCUCAGAUACUGCCAUGAACACCUCUUCAAAUCCCUGCAAAUCAGCGAUGACUUACUUCUGACGAAAUCCAGCGAGAGCACUACAAGUGUCGACGCUAAGUACUACCCACUAAAGUUACGACCAUGGGAGGACUUCCUCGGCUCGCAGCGGACACAUUACAACAUCAUCCGAGAGGUCCUCAACGGCACUCAGCUGCUGCCAUCUCUAUCGUACGUUGAAGAGAGGUCGGAGACGGCCGACGGCCCCAACGUCGCUAGCGAGGCAGACCUCAAUCUUUUCGAGCGCCUUGCCCUGGAGGAACCAGCUCAGAAAGUGUACAAGGUCUUUGGCCCACGGUGUCAAUCCCACCCAAUGACCCAAGAUCUCGAGUGCGCAAACAUCAGAUUCACAAACCAAUUGCCCACCCUGCAAGAGCCGGAUGGCAAUGAGGAAAGUUGGCGUAUUUCCCAAACAACCCAAAAGCAGCCGAGGUUGGGAUUUCCAGACAGAUGGUGCGGACGCCGGCUUGCAGGCGAACAGUCAGGCCCCCGCAACGGCCGAGGACAGGAUCACAUUGCUUUCCCCAUCGGGUACAAAGCAGCACACAAGAUUGGUGUCCAAGACUUUGAAGCGGCGCUGCAGAAGGAAGACUUGUUUAACCAAGUUCUGUCAAACGUAGUAGGCCACAAGUUAUCCACUGGUCAUGACCGUGAUAACGACCGGAGGGACGAAAAGGUAGCCAAAGCUUUGGCUCAGAUCUUCCACUACAUGGUUUGCUGCCGAAGCACCUUCGGGUAUCUCACUGGAGGCCAUUCCCUCAUCUUUCUACGGAUUGAUGAAGAUGCUCAGGUGCUGUAUCAUCACAUGGUGCAGCCAAACAAGGAUGUCGAGGCCGAAGCCACAGAUCUAUUCUUCACAGGAGUUGCGCAGCUGUCGGCCUUUUGCUUGAAGGGCUUCUUAGAGCCUAGGAAGACUAAAGAAUGGCUUCUACGGGAGCAGGCCAGGCUUCAAACGUGGCCCAACCCUUAUCCUGAAAUGCGCGAGCCGACCGCAGAGGUUCCAUCAUCGUCACCUAAAGCACCAUCAACUGCAUCAUAUAUUGCAUCAUCUCCAUCCCCCAAAAACGAUCCCUCUCGGUCCCCGCCGGUUCGGCUUACUAGGUCAUCAUGCAAGGACAAAGAGCUCGUGGAGGAAGGGAGUGGAUUUGGCGACACUGAUAGCGAUGAGGACCACCACAGUGACGACGCAGGCAUCCAGCCAUCAGUACCAGAGGCAGCCAGUUGUUCGAAAAAACGAAAGAAAGGGACCUCGGAUAGUGAAUAUUCUGCGAGCAUUGACGGGGCUUCGUUCGAGCUUGAGGCUCAGCAGUACUGCACGCAAGCCUGCCUCUUGGGCCUCAAAAGGCAGGGACUACUGGAGGAAAAGUGUCCUAACGUGGCUCUCCAUCGUUCUCCAGAAGGAGGCUCUCGCCACCAUAUCGACAUCCGCGAGUUUAUACAGCUUUUGAAUGCUCAGAUAGGCGAGCCAUGUUAUCGUUACCGCUACUAUCAGCCUGUGGAUGGCAAGUAUGGGGCAAGAGGACAGCUCUUCAAGCUGUCAUUGCGGAAACACGGCUACACAUUUGUUGGCAAGGGAACCUUCGCAGCUGCCCUGGCGAGUAUUGAACACGAGUCGAAGGUCUACUCGCGACUUGACUCGCUACAAGGACACCUUGUUCCUGUUUGCCUGGGAAGCAUCGACCUUCAGACACCUUACCCUCUCCCGAUGGCAUUUAUUGCUCAUAUGCUACUCUUAUCAUGGGGAGGGGACCGAAUGCCCGAGGGGCUUUACGCCGAAGAACAACGAGAGUCAUUCAAGAGGCGUUUUCUUACACAUGGCGUUUCUCAUAACGAUAUGCGGCAUCGGAACAUGCCUUGGAAUGAGGAAUGUGGGACGGUUAUGCUUAUUGACUUUGACUGUGCCACGAUGCAGCUGCCGGCCAAGCACACGCAGAUAUCAAGGCUGUCUGGUAAAAGGAAAAGACGAUUCUCGAGACGGGCGUAG